GGUCUUUAUGUAAAAAUUCUGUACAUUGAAGAAAUUAUUCUACAGAGGAGAUUCAUGGCGUAGAUGGAGCUUGUUACCUUUUCUAUUGGAAGACAAUUCUUAGAAGAAGGGGAAAAUAAAGAAGAGUUAAUUAAACAAAAACAAAGUUCGUAAAAGAAAGAUAUGUUGUUUGAGCUUUCCUCUAUAUGUGUCAUCAACUCAUCCUUGUAAUUCAUGUAAACCACAAAAACUUUGAUCAAUUUUAGGAGGAAAGUUUUGUACUUUGGGCAUAGUUAAAUAGCUAGAAGACCGAAAUAUGGUGAACGAGAGAUUUGAUGACCUUUGUUAAGAUCAGUUGAAAGAUUGCAAAUACAGAAAUUCAGACUUCAGAAAGCGUGAAGGCGGAAGUUGGUUGAACCGAGAGGACACAAAAUAUGCCACUUUAUGAUUGUAUGCUUUUACUGAAACCGCAUGUACAGAAGGAGGCUCUGAUGGACCUUGUUGCAAAGGUUGGGAGGCAUGUUUAUAGAAAAAAUGGUGUGCUUACAGAUUUAAAGUCAUUUGGUGAUGUUAAUCUGGGUUAUGGCAUUAAGAAACUAGAUGGAAGAUACUAUCAGGGUCAACUGAUGCAAAUGACAGUGAUGACACCACCCAGUUUUAACAAAGAGCUGCAUUACCUGAACAAAGAAGACCGCCUACUUCGAUGGCUUUUGGUUAAGCAUCGUGACAUCAAAUUUGGGUUGGACUUUUUGGGCGAAGAUGAUGCUAAGACUGAGCUAAGGAAGUUCAGGAGCAACAUAUACGAAAGUGAGGAAGAAGAGGAAGAAGAUGAUGAGGAUGAUGAAUAUAAUGUCGACAAAUCCGGGAGGAAGCCAGUCUAGAAAACCGAUGAGUUUCUCUAUAAGCUGAUCAGAAUCAACCAUAACCCCAACCGGAGGAAGAAAAAAGAGGCCACAAGUAAACACCUAAACCUAUAAUUUAAGCUGUUGCUUAAACUAAUAGUAGAAGAGUAGAAAUUGAUAAAAUUUCUUGCAGUCUCUCUGUCUUUUUAUCUCUACUAUGACUGUAUUUUCUCUGUCUCCUUCCAUCAGCAAUCAAGUAUAGUAUGUUUUUUCAUCUUGACCAUAUUUCCUUGAUAUUUGAUCUUUAGUGUGUUUUCUUCUGUAAAUAUGAGUAGUCAGUCUUAUAUAUGAUUCUCUCUCUUCCCUCUUAUGGGUUGUGUUCAUCAGAGCCUAGAUUGCUUUUCCUA